CCGCCGUGAAACGGCCGCUUGAAAUACGCUUCCGCCAAGAAGCAAACAAAUCGGCAUCAUGUCGUCGGCAGCAGCGGCGCCGCCGUGUUGCGGCCAAUCGUGGUCAGAUCCCAAAGUGCCCCACCUGUGCCAACUUGCCAAGGAGUCGGUUACGCACGGCGUAUCACAAUUACCGACAGGGAAAAAGCUCGACAAACCAUCAUCGGCCACACCCUUCGCUACAUCAGCCAACACUGCAAUCACCGUCAGCUCAACCGUCAAUGACAGCAGUAGCGGUGCCGUCAGGCGGGGCGGGCAGUCUGAGAAUAUCCAAGUGCUAAUUCGCAUCCGGCCACUCAUCGACAGAGAAACCGGGCACGACCCCACGGCCCAGCACUUUAUUCAUACCACCAGCGACCAGACCAUCGAAGUGCAAACUGCCGACUCCAACAUCAAGUGCAAGUACGACGCUGUAUUUGGACCGUCCGUGUCGCAAGAGGACGUGUACGACCGCGUCAAGGAGUGCACGGAAGCGUUCCUCGACGGAUUCAACGCCACGUUGUUCGCGUAUGGCCAAACCGGCAGCGGCAAAUCGUUCACGAUGUUUGGUGCCGAGACCGACCUGUCGCGCUUUCGCCCAGGUUUAUGCAAGAGCCAAGCUGGGAUCAUUCCGCGAGCGAUUAAGGACAUCUUCGCUGGCGUGAUCAAGAAGAACGCCAGUGGCACGCAGCAAGCGGCAGUGUUUUGCUCAUUUGUGCAAAUAUACAAUGAAAACCUGUAUGACUUGCUCCGCGAUGUCAACAUGGACAAGCCCCUGGCAAUUCACGAAGACAGAUCCAACGGCAUCUUUGUGGAAGGACUGUCCGAGUACGCCGUGCAAAACGUGCACGACUGCUUCGCCCUGCUUCAAGCUGGCGAAGAACACCGGGCAGUGCGCGCGACACACAUGAACCAAGUGAGUUCGCGCAGCCACAGCGCGUUCCAGCUGUUUUUGGAAAUCAAAACGACCGACGGCACGACCAUCAAGUCCAAGUUCAACCUCGUGGACCUCGCCGGGUCGGAGAAGUGGCACCCCGACGCCAACAUGCAGUAUUAUCACAUUUCUGAAAUGACCAAUAUCAACCUCAGCCUGCACACUCUGGGGCGAUGCAUUGCGUCGCUAACCACCAAGAACAACGGCCACGUGCCAUACCGAGACUCGAAGCUCACGCGGUUGCUCCAAGACAGUUUAGGAGGCAACACCAAGACGCGCAUCAUCGCUACACUGUCCCCCGCCGUGGACUGCAUUGACGAGUCCGUGUCGACCUUGAAAUUUGCCGAUCGCGCCAAGCAGGUGAUGGUGUGUGUCCGAGUGAACGAGCAGCGGGAAAUCGACCCCGCGUACGUGGAAAAGCUGGAAGAAGAGAUCGAAUCUUUGCGCGCCAUCGUCGCGGCUUUCGAAGCCUCUGCCCCUGGUAGUACUAGUAGUAGUACUAUAAGUUCGACUAGUAACCACGCCGGCGGCGGCACCCCCGAAUCGACCCUGGUUCGACUACUCAAGGAAAACGCCGAUUUGAAAGACACCAACACUAAAUUGCGACGGCAGCUGGACGAAGGCGGGGGGAGACCGAUGAAGCAACCGGCACCUCUUGGUCCCGACCGCAACGGUAGUAGUACUAGUAGUGGUACAAACAACCACGACGACCAGUACUACCGCCAGCAAACUCAGACACUGGAAGGGGUGCUACUUCGGCUCAAAGAGGCGUCGGAUAGUUUUUUCAAAUUUGAAAUCGAAGAAGACCAGCUCAAAGCCAUCAUGGACACGUCGUUCAAGUUCAUCCAGCCCGCAUCGUCCAAAGGGAAUACGUCGGCGACCACGAUGCAACGGCCAUCUGGGAUUAGCUUGACACGCCCUAGAACCAAAUGUACGUGUUCCUCGUUAGAGUCCAACGGUGUUACAUCAGAAUCAUGGACGAGUGUAGCUGUGAUGUUGUCGAGCAAACCCAUGGCGGAGGUGGCGUUCCGAGUCCGCGGCAAGUCUUCCGCAGUAGACGACGGCGAAGCAUCCUGGCAGUCGGAUGCUCCCCCCAAGAGAACGGAAGAAGACGACGUGAAAGCGGCAGAGAAGGCCAUGAAAAAGCAAGUCAAACUCCAGGCAUGGCUCAUGGAAAAGGAGCGCCGGGAGCUGGCCAAGCUCCACCAACACCAAGAGUACAUUGACGAACAACGAAAGGCCCAAGCCGAUAAGGAUGCCAAGUUCUUUAAACGAGCGCAAGAAACCAAAAAACGAUUGUCUGGGGGCCCCCCCGCCGCCUCGCCCGAAUCGUCCUGACGAGCUAAGAUGAAGUUAGUUAUGUCAUCCGUAAGGAUAUGAUAAACAACGGAAUAGCAUUGCAUUGGGUUUGGUCCAAUCUCC